AGUUUUAAAGGGUGAAGCUGGACUAUAAAUAUAACACACAAAGACACUGAACCAAUCUCACCAGCACUGCAAGUACAGGCAUAUUCACUGUUAAAAGGAUUCAGAGUUUUUUCCAUUAGUGAUGGAGCUGAAGUUGUGGCUUUGCGUUCUGUUGGCACAAGUGACCCACGGCGUCCAGCCCCCUCGUGGCCAAUGGAUAGCAAAAAUACCAACGUCGAUUCCUGCCCUGCAGGGCUCCUGUGUGGUUAUUCCCUGCAUCUACACCUACCCCAAGCCCAACUCAAACGCAAUCCUCAACAGGUGGAGAGGAUUCUGGAGAAAGGGGAACAAGAUUGUCUCAACCAAUCUCCCCAAAUGGAAAAUGACCAAUGAGUACAAAAAACGAACCCAGUUCUUGGGGGAUCUGAAGAUGCGCAACUGCACCGUGUUGCUGGAUGGUGUCAGGAGGACUGAUGUUGGACCUUUCUACUUCAGGAUUGAAAUUCCACAAUACAAAAGCUUCUCUUACACCAAAAACACAGUGUCCAUUGAUGUUACAAGUGAUCCACAGCCUCCAUCUCUGAUUCUGAGGGUGACUGAUAAAGUCAAGGCCUUCUGCUCUGUGUCUCACUCCUGCCCAUCUUUUCCCCCUAAAUUCUCCUGGAGUCGCUCUGGAAUCGUCACGCACCGAUCAAAGAGGCUGAAUGACUGGAAGUGGGAAACAGUGUCAGCCCUGACCUUUAAACCUCUACCCGCUGACUUCAAAAUGCCUUUAAACUGCACAGUGCAAUACAGAGGAGGCAAGCAGGCAAUGAACUCCACGAGAAUAUGACGUAAGCCCAGUGCAUGACCUAAAUAUCUCCUUUCAUUCUGUAUGGUAAAUGAAUUCACAUGUCUUGUACUGCAUGUCAUUAAAAUGUAAUAUCUGACAGUCACUAUUUUUUUCUGUUUACUCAAACAUUGACAGCUGAUCUUGUCCACUGUGAAAUGGAGAGAUAUUGCACCACUAUCUGGUAUGAUAACAGAGAUACUGUUAGACUAGUAGCAGAUCUCCAGAGCACAAUACAGUAAAUGUCUACACUGUGACACUGUGAUACACAAUUAAGAAAUGCACAACACUUCCUGCAGACUGUAAUGACCAGAAGUGACGGCCUGUUCUCUUUAAUCAGCGUCAUUUUCAUGAUAAAUCCUCUGCCACCUCAUAUCUGGUGUGUUAAUGGAACAGUUUCAAUCCAGAACUGGCUCACUGUUGAAGGCUUUGAAUGUGAUCAAUAUGAUUUUAUUGUGUCUGAUUAACAUUAAAUACUAUGUAAAUCCAA